AUGGCUGCUACGCCAUCAGACAGCAAUGGAGCCUCCCCGGGCGACCACGAACUCGAGGUCAUGGCGGACAACAAGCCCAGCCUCCCAGUGGAGGAGGACAUAAUGCAGUUGGCUCGGCUGGGAGAAAUUGCGGCUAUCCAGAAACUCUUCGACAGCGGCAAGGCGGAUGCGACAUUCAAAGAUGAGCAGGGCAUAACACCGCUACAUUGGGCCGCCAUCAACAAUCAUUAUGCUCUCUGCCACUUCCUUAUCCAAGCCGGUGCGCCCAUCAACGCAAAGGGCGGCGAUGCUGUUGCGACACCCGUCCUCUGGGCUGCGAAGCGUUGCAACUACUACAUUGUCAACCUCCUGCUCGACCACGGCGCCGACCCUCUCCUCACCGACGACCAAGGCUUCAAUCUCCUGCACAGCGCCACGCUCGACGGCAAUGUGUACCAGAUCGUCUUGCUGCUCCACCAGGACAUACCCGUUGAUAUUCCAGAUCCCCAGAGCCAUACCCCGCUCAUGUGGGCUGCAUACAAGGGCUAUCCGUCUUGUGUUGAUUUGUUCCUCAGAUGGGGCGCCAACGUGUACGCGACCGACGACCAGGGCUUCACUGCACUCCAUUGGGCCCUGGUAAAGGGGAGUCAGGGAUCAAUACAGAAGCUACUAGAGUAUGGCGCCGACCGAUUCGCUAAGAACAACGACGGCAAGACACCGGAGGUCACGGCGCAGGAGAUGAACACUACUCGGCAAUGGCGUCGCGCCCUCAUGGAAGCUGGCUUCGAUCGAAAUGGAAAUCCGAGACAGUUCCCCAUCCCAGGUAUAAAGGACACGAGAUGGUUCCUGAGUCGCUUCAUAUUCUUCUGGCCGUUUGCUAUACUUUUCACUGCCCUUUUCCUCGUCAGCCACUACCCGGCGUUUGUUGGUAUACCCUUGUCGUUGAUUGUCGCCUAUCUCAUGCAAUGGGGAGCACAGUGGCUUUUGCGAUGGGGUCCCUCCAACAUGCGAAGCAUACAUCAUACUCCUUUUUUGGCCGGCAUCUUCGCCGGCACACUGUUCUGGGUCGGUCUCCGUUGGGCAACAACAGUCUUACCCUGGACAAUUCGAACCAACUUCUUUAUAAACUUUCUCUUCGCAGCAUUCUACGGACUCACGGCCUAUUUUUAUUUCUUCACCAUGACUAUUGAUCCCGGCUUUGUACCCAAGUCGGCGAGCAGGAGUGCUUCCAAGGCAGUCAUUGACGAGCUUAUGGAGCUACGACAAUUUGAUGAACGCCACUUUUGUGUAAACUGCAUGGUGCGGAAGCCUUUGCGUAGCAAGCAUUGUAAGAGAUGUGAGCGCUGCGUUGCAAAGAGUGAUCAUCAUUGUCCAUGGGUGAACAACUGUGUGGCGAACAACAACCACAGACAUUUCGUGCUGUAUGUACUAUCUCUGGAACUCGGUAUUGUUAUGUUCAUAAGGCUGGCCCUUGCUUAUCUGGAAAUACGUGACGCGCCCAAAGAUUUUCCCAAGUGCGCAGUCAUCUCGCCGGAUCUUUGCAAAGUCCUCAACAAAGACCCAUUUACGAUUGUACUGUCAAUAUGGGCUGCCUUUCAACUAACAUGGGUGACCAUGCUUCUCUGUGUUCAGCUUCUUCAGAUCGCGCGCAAUCUCACGACCUACGAAAGCAUGCGCGGACACCUUCAUGGCGGCACACCUGCGGAUGCGCUCAACUCAUUUGUGACCACCGGCGAUACGAGCCAAGACGUGUCCGGCGGUGCCGGGAACGCGCCCACGAACGGUUUCGGCUCUGGUCAAGAUACAGGCGACAUUCCACGUCGUCCUCAACCUAAAGCUUCUAUUUGGGAUCAAUGGAAGCGUCUCCUUGGAAUCGACACCUUCCUUACAAUCGCCCUUCACGGAAGCCAAGGAGAACAAAUAAUGCGACAAAGACGGGGCAACCCCUUUUCACGAGGUAUCGUUACGAAUUGCAAGGAUUUCUGGUGCGACGCCAGUCCAAUGUUUGGUUCAAAAGAGAAUGCAACUGAAGACCCUGAGCGAACCCAUGGCCCCAUGGCCGAGUACGAUGCGCGCGUCGAAUCCGGGCGAUUACGAGACGACGAGCACCAACGCAACAUCAUCAGGAAUCUUCAAGACCUCCACGAUAUGCUGCAAUCCUAUGAACAACCGCCCGUCCAGCAACCUACCAUCGAGUCCCUUCAGCCACCUAAAAAGUCCUUCUUCUCUUUCCUCUCAUCGUCCAGCCCCGCAGGAUCGGCCCUGCCACCCAUACCAGAAUCACUACCAAAGGGCAUGUAUAUGUUUGGAGAUGUAGGCAGUGGGAAGACAAUGAUGAUGGAUUUGUUCUACGACACACUUCCGCCAAACAUUAAGAGAAAGACGAGGAUCCAUUUCCACGCCUUCAUGCAAAGCGUACACAAGGACUUGCACAAGAUGAAGAUGCAGCAUGGGAAUGACAUUGACAGUAUACCCUUCGUCGCAGCGGGUAUAGCAGAGCGGUCCUCGGUUCUUUGCUUCGACGAAUUCCAAUGCACGGAUGUCGCCGAUGCCAUGAUCCUCAGGAGAUUAAUGGAGAGCUUGAUGGCACAUGGAACAGUCAUCGUCACGACGAGUAACAGACACCCAGACGACCUAUACAAGAACGGGAUACAAAGAGAAAGCUUCAUACCUUGUAUCAAUCUUCUAAAAUCAAGACUUACGGUCCUGAACCUGGAUUCAUCGACAGAUUACAGAAAGAUCCCACGGCCGCCAAGUGGUGUCUAUCACCACCCGCUAGACGCCUCCGCGCAAACGCAUGUAGAGAGAUGGUUCCGCUUCCUCGGCGACUUUGAUAACGACCCACCACACCCGGCUGUUCACGAGGUCUGGGGAAGGGAAGUUCGCGUACCGAAGGCUAGCGGGAAGUGUGCCGUAUUUAGCUUCGACGACAUCAUUGGACGCGCUACGGGAGCAGCCGACUAUCUGGAACUUACGAGGCAGUAUGAGGCGUUUGUCAUUACAGGGGUGCCUGGGAUGAACUACAGGUCAAGAGACUUGGCGCGGAGAUUCAUCACUUUUAUAGAUGCCGUGUACGAAUCAAGGGCCAAGCUAGUAAUGACAACAGCUGUUCCCCUAACAGCCCUUUUCCUCGACCAGUCCGAACUAAACGACGCUGUAACCGCUACACAGAAAGCUGGAAAACUUCCCACUACGACCUCUCCUUCGCCCAAGCCACCUGCCAAAUCUGCCGAAGCAGACAACCAUGAAGCUAUCUCGGAUGUUAUGCGUAAUCUCAUGGAUGAUCUUGGCAUGAAUAUGGACAUGUUGAAGAACAGCAGUAUUUUCUCUGGUGACGAAGAACGAUUUGCGUUUGCUAGAGCCUUGUCGAGAUUGAGUGAAAUGGGAAGUCAAGAGUGGGUUGAGCGCGGGUUGGGAUUGGAGAAAAGAGGCGGAAAGGGAGAGAUGGAGGGGUGGCAGAAGGUUCGAAGCAGAUGGAGGGAAGAUAGCAUGUAG